AUGGUCAGUAAGGAAAGCGGCAAAUGUGUACUCACGACAUCAGAGAGUGAGGUGGAGCCUGCCGCCGGCCUGGCCCUGGAGAUGAAGUAUGCCCUGGAUCCCAACCGGCAGAUUAAAAAACGGAAUAAAGCCCUCCAGGUGCGAUUUAAGGAUAUCUGCGAGGCGCAGAAUGAGCAGAGGGACACGCAGCUCUCGGCGGGACAGCGGGGUGAGAAGCGGGAGGCCAAGCCCGUGUCCUACAGGGCAGCCUACCGCAAGUACAUGACCGUGCCCGCUCGGAGGUCCAUCCCCAAUGUCACCAAGAGCACAGGCGUGCAGACCUCGCCAGACCUGAAAAAGUGUUACCAGACGUUCCCUCUGGACCGCAAGAAAGGCAAUCUCAAAAGCAUCCCCCCUGGGGAUGCCUUUAAAAGUCAAAACAAUGGGUUUGCAGCGGAUGCGAAAGAGAAGCUCGAGGAAGGACCCGGGGAGGAGGCCCAGCCGUGCGGUGCCGGCCGGGUGCACAGGACGGCAGCCUUGGUUUUCCACUCUGAUGAACACAUGAACGCGCUGGACCAGCCUGCCGGGGUCAACUGUGCAGAGCCAUGCAGAAACCCUGACGUGCACAGCUGCCGAAAUGAGCCUCUCCAAAACUCCGCCCGGCCUCCCUUCCAGGAGCCUGAUUACCAGCUGCACGGAAAAGCAAAGCACGACAGGACGACACCGGACACCGAGGAAGCCGCUCUGUCGGCCCACGGGACCGUAUUUAAAACCGAGGUGGCCACUGUUUAUGCACCUGCCUCCAGCGCAAAGGCCCCCGAGGCUGCCUUGUCAAACUCUGCCGCCACGAGCGAGUGGCCCCUGUGCCCAGCGGCCGACCAGGAGCGGAGGAGAGCCUCGCGUCUCAAUGCGCUCCAGGGCCCCCAGGGCCCCGAGGCGGCCUGCUCGCCCCCGAUGCAGUGCCUGUCCCCCGAAUGUAGCGAGCAGCCCCCACAGACUCGAGCCCCGCCGGGGGAGGAGAGCCAGCCUUGUCCCCCGGCUGCCGCUGUGGGUGAAGAAUGCCGACAAAUCGUGCCUCACACGGAAGUCGUCGAUCUGAAAGCACAGCUGCAGGUGAUGGAGGACCUGAUCAGCUCCAGCCAAGAAACCAUCAAAGUGCUCUUGGGGGUCAUUCAGGAGUUGGAGAAAGGAGAGGCCCAUCGGGAAGGGCUUUCAUAUCGGACUGGGCAAGACACAGCUAAUUGUGACACAUGCAGGAACAGUGCAUGUAUUAUCUAUAGUGUGGAGCUGGACUUUAAGCAGCAAGAAGACAAGCUCCAGCCAGUUCUGAAGAAACUCCAUCCUUUUGAGGAGACUCAGGUUGCACCUUCGCCUUACUCUCAGGAGCCCUACUCUGCUACUCCCAAACAAAAAUCCAAACCCGAAUCUAAAAAGCACGGAAGAUGGAAACUCUGGUUUCUUUAA